AAAAUAUCUAAUGUUAUGUCAAUUGUCAAUGUCAAAAUUUGACAAGAAUUACAACACCAACCAAGUAAUAUAAUUUCAUUGAAAAUUUUAAUUAAUUUUAUAAUUUAUCUUGCCCAUGUUGUUUGCAAAUAAAAAUUAGAUGGCAUCUUCUCGUAUACAGGCGACAGCUCGCCAAUUGUCGAGAACGUUUAAGAAAAAGACGCGAUUCGAAAUUGGAAUAGCAAGUGAACUACCGCUUGCUUACAAGAAAUUCUGGCGUGAAUGGAAGGUGCUGAAACCUGCAGCCGUACAUUUCAUACCGCAGGAGGGAAAGUGGAGACGGGAUGAGCUGACGGGUGAAACACUGCCAGUGCAGAAUGUAUCUUUACCUCUGAAACAUCCAGCUGAAAUACAUGAAGGCAUAUGGGGUGGAGAAGCUGUCAUAAAAGGUUUUCAAAAAAGAGAUCCCCAACGUCGUAGGGUCCCGCAUUACUGGGUGCCUGUUCUCAAGAGGACUGUUGUAAAAUCUGAAGUCCUAAAUACACAUCUGUCCGUCACAGUAACUGAUAGAACAAUUAAACUUAUCAAUGAUCACUAUGGUUUUGACCAUUACUUGCUCAAGACACCCGCUUGCGACCUAAUAUCAAUGCUAGCAUUAAAAUUGAAAAAGCAAAUACUUACGGAACUGAUGAAUGGAUGCCCGAGAUAUAUGCACGACCCAGCAAAGCAGAAGACUGUGUAUGAGGAGUAUAAAACAUAUUUGACCUCUUAUACACCUGAAGAAAUUGAGUGGUAUGGGCUAACAUGGUAUGAAGCCCUCAGUAAAGUGGCCAAGUUGAAGGAGGCUGCCAAUAGACCAGUUCCUUUAAAAAAUAUCUAUAGAAAAAAUCUAGUAGAAAAAUUGAAGGCUGCUGAAAUGGAGAACGAAAAGAGUGCUACUGAUGAUAUAGCCACAACAACUUCUUGGUUGUCAAAGAUGAAUCCAUUCGGUAAGAAGGAUGAAGCUUAGUGUGUUGUGUAGAAAUGUUUUAUUUAAAAUUGUUGUGUUAUAGACGAAAUGUAUCUUUGAAAAUGAAUAGAAAUAUAGAUAUUGCUGCCUA